CGGCGUUUCCUGGUUUUCCUUUGCCCCUUAAACCCUAACAACAAGCGUCUAAGGAGUCGUAGGAUACGAUUUGAAAUGCGACCCUUAGAGACACUGCCGCCAACGGAAACCCUAGAAAUCGAGAACGGUUUGUCUCUCGUUCCGCGCGUGAAACUCAAUCUCACAAUCCACCCUUCUCUCCCCUCGGUUUCGAAACCCAUCGACGAAUGGCAGCUCAAGCGAGCCCUGAUAGAUUUCCUCAAGACCUCGCUCUCCGUCUCCGUUACCGUCCCCGAAGAAGACCUCCAGAUCAAACGACUCAAAGACCUCAAGAAACGGAAGCGAGACGAGCCGGUCGCCCACGGUGCUCUAUUCAUUCGUGACAUUAGGUUUUUGAGCAGUAAGAAGAAAAUUGAAGAGGUUGAUAACGAAGAAGAGGAUGUGAAGGAAUUGGAAAAGAAAUUUUUGGAAUGGAGAAGCUAUGUAGCGGAGAAAAUGGAUGGGAUUGAGCUCAAUCUUGAAGGAGUUAAGUAUAAUCUUAGUGUUGAGAUUCCAGCUUCGGAUGAUUUUGAAAGAAUGAGGAAAGAUUGGGAGGAGUCGUAUGCAUUUCGAAACCGAGGUUAUUCGAGGGGAGGAAGACAGGAGCCUGAUACGAUUGUGUUGAGAGGGGUUCCAUCGAGGUGGUUCGCGGAGCCAAGAGUUUCAUCCAAGCCUUCGAUGCUGGUUACGCAUACCAUUUUUUCUACAUUUGGGAAGAUAAGGAAUCUUAAUGUUUCCGAGGACGAGGAUCUUGCUAAGGGGAUGGAUGAGUAUGAAUUGGACAUAGGCAUUGUUUCAGGUCUUCAUUGUAAGAUCAUUGUUCAAUUUGAGAAAUACCGGGAUUUUUAUAAUGCACUCAAGGUUUUAUGUGGUCGCUCGUUGCAAAAGCAAGGAUCUCGAUUGAGUGCUGAUUAUGAGGUUACAUGGGACAAGGAUGGGUUUUUCCGAAACACAAGAAGUCAAAAUCAAGACAAGAGCAGCAAGAUGCAGGAACCUGCAGCAGUACGAUACAGAUCAGAAGCUCCCAGACGUGAACCUCAUGUAUCUGAGUUCACUUCGAAUGAUACCCGCAGAAAGAGAUUCAAGGAAUGAAAAUAUAGGUGCACAUUUAGAAGAUUUAUGUAAGAGUAGACUGAAUGAGGUUAGGCUUUCGGUUAAAUGAUGAAUGAAUAUUUCCAUUUCCAUCUGUUUGGUUUAUUAUUUCGGAAAUGAUGCUAAAGUUCUAACUUCACGCUUUUUCAGUUUUCAUAUGCUAAAUGCUUUCUGGACAACAUACUAUUAAUUAAUCAAUUUUACCGAGUUUUCUUUUA